UCAUGCAGAGUGCCUCAAGACAUUUCAAAUCCUCUUGUUCUCUUGGAAGGUUCUUGCUGAUCAAUCUGCCAGUGGCCAAGAGAGGAACUUCAUUAUUAACCUGAAGGAACCAAACACCAAAGACAUGAAAGAGGAAGAACCAGAACCUCAAGGAAUUAAAGAAGAACAGCUUGGACUGUGUAUCUUUCCAGAUGAAAAGCAACUUGUUAAGCAGGAGACAGAAACCUUUGUAGGGUUUUCUGCUUGUGACAAACUAUUUCAAGUUGAACCUGAACUGCAACAGAUGAACGUGACAAAGGAGGAACCAGAACCUGUAGAGAUUAAAGAGGAACAUGGGGAUCUCUGGAGUAAUGAGGAUGAGGAGCAGCUUGUAGUGAAGCAGGAGGCUGGCACCUUUAAGGUGACUCCUCUGGAUUUAAAACAUGACACAAAUGAACCAGAAGAGAAAAUGAACCAACUUGUCAAUGCAGACUCCUCUGAAGGUGAGAAGCAGCAUCAGCAGGAUAAUAAUCACGAAGAGUCAGGAUCAAACACAGAUGUAGAGCUAAAGCGUAAAAAGAGACUAGAGAAAACCAAAGAUCACAGUGAUGGUUCAAAACUAAAAAGACAUAAGACCAAUAAACCUUGUGAAGCAUGUGGUAAAUGUUUCACCAAGUGUAGCUGUUUGACUAAUCAAAUUAGGAAAAAUAGAGGAGAGAAAUCUUUACUGUGUGUGCUUUGUGGAAAAGGUUUCCCCAGACAAAGUCGUUUAAAUAUCCACAUGAGAGCCCACACAGGGGAGAAGCCUUUCUCCUGUCCAACUUGUGCAAAAGGGUUUUCCACUAAAGGUAGCCUGAGUGUUCACAUAAGAAUUCAUACAGGUGAGAAGCCGUACGCUUGUGAAAUGUGUGAUAAAUCUUUCAGCUUGGGUAGUCAUUUAGCUCGUCACAUGAAAACACACACAGGUGAGAAGCCUUUUUCCUGUCAAACAUGUGCAAAACGUUUUACCACUAAAGGUAACCUAAUUAUUCACAUAAGAACGCAUACAGGUGAGAAGCCUUUUCCCUGUCCAACAUGUGCAAAACGUUUUAUCAAUGAAGGUAACCUGAUUAUUCACAUAAGAACUCAUACAGGAGAGAAGCCAUACGCUUGUGAAAUGUGUGAUAAAUCUUUCAGCUUGGGUAGUUAUUUAGCUCGUCACAUGAAAACACAUACAGGGGAGAAGCCUUUUUCUUGUCCAACGUGUGCAAAACGUUUUUCCAAAGAAGGUAACCUGAUUAUUCACAUAAGAACUCAUACGGGCGAGAAACCUUAUCAUUGUAAAGUGUGUGAUAAAUCUUUCAGCUGUGGUAGUAGUCUGGCUCGUCACAUGAGAAUGCACACUAGUGAGAAGCCUUUUUCCUGUCCAACUUGUACAAAAGGUUUUUUCACUAAAUAUAGGUUGAGUAGACACAUAAGAAAUCAUAUGGGCAACAAGCCAUACUCUUGUGAAAUGUGUGAUAAAUCUUUCAGCGCUGGUAGUCAUUUAGCUCGUCACCUGAGAACGCACACAGGUGAGAAGCCUUUUUCCUGUCCAACUUGUGCAAAAGAGUUUUCCUUCAAAUGUAGCCUGAUAAUACACUUAAGAACUCAUACGGGUGAGAAGCCUUAUCAUUGUAAAGUGUGUGAUAAAUCUUUUACUUCCUCUAGUAGUAGGAUUCAACAUAUGAAAACUCACAGAUGAGAAGCUGUAUGCUUCUAAAGCGUGUGCUAAGUCUUCCAGAAACAGUUGUCAUCUGGCUGAUCACAUGCUAACCUACAGGUGAGAAGCCUUUCCUGUGUCUGAUGUGUAGAAAAUGUUUCUUCAAGCAAAGCAAUCCAAGUGUUCACAUGAGAAUUCAUGGUGAUAAGAUGCCUCACUCUUCAGAUACAUAUUAAAUCAAUGACUGUUGUAAAUUAGCUAAACGACGUACAGGUCAGUUUAAUCAUUCACAAGUUCCAACUUCUGCUUAUUCAUGGAUUGAUGGAGAUAUCUACUGAACAACUAUAAAGAAUUUGAUGAUCUUCAUUGGUGUUAUUUAAUCAUUAGAGUGACUGUUAGAUUAUUAGAGUCGGGUUUUAAGAGAUUACAUUUUUGUCUUUCCAUUGUUAAUUUGGAUAAAUGAUUGGGCUCAUGUGACACUAAAAUAUAAAACUGCAUACUCAUAAUUUUAUAGCACAAAAUUAAUUUGAAUUUCAUAGCAGCAUUUAGUUUCUAUGCUCCACUUAUCUGGAACAAACUUCCAGAAAACUGUAAAAGUGCUGAAUU